AUAGUGUUCUAAAAUUUCCUCUUUUUUUCCCUUUCCUCUUUGUCUCUUCGCACAACACGCGUUAUCAGCUUUGAGAGAGGAAGGAAUUGGAGGGAAAGCAAUGGCGGAAUCGGGACAAGUUAUCAGCUGCGAAACUAUUGCUUCAUUGAACGACCAGCUCCACACAGCAAACGCGUCCAUGAAAUUGGUGGUGGUAAAUUUCACAGCUUCAUGGUGUGGACCAUCCCGUUCUAUGAUACCAAUCCUGGUAGAGCUUGCUGAGAAGCUGCCCCAUGUCAUAUUCUUCAAGGUGGAUGCUGACGAUUUGAAGACCGUGACUCGGGAUUUCGAUGUUGAGGCAUUGCCAACUUUUAUCCUUUUGAAACAAGGAAACAUAGUUGAUAAGGUUGUGGGGGCAUGCAAAGACGAAUUGAAGCAGAAAAUAACUUUCCAUACAUCGAAAGCGUGAAUUGAGGUUGUUUCUGAAACUAGGAUUUUACUUUUGGGUAUCAUGCAUGUAUGUCUCAUAGAUUGAUACUGGAAUUAUGUGGAAGAAUCUUUAAUCAGCAUACUAUAGAAGCUAUAUCAUCAUCAGUCUUAUUUGUAUGUUACAGAUGGCUGUUAUGAAUUCGCACUUAACACGUUAUCAUGAUUAUGC